AUGUUUGACUACGUGGACAUGCUGCAAGGCCCCUCAACGGGUGCAGUCGACUCGGACGAUGAGGGUGCAGAAGCCAAGGGGAAAGCUGCCCAGAAGGGGGCAGACAGCGCAGGCGGCAGCUUCAGCUUCUGGGGCAUGGCCACAGCGCUGGCCGAGAAUGUGAAGAAGAGCACUGCUGAAAUUGCGGCCAGUGUGAAGGAGACGGAUUGGAAGGCGGAGCUGCAUUCCUUCUCCAAGGGUGUGGCGGAGGACUCCGCGGAGGCGUCCCACAUAGUCCACAAGGGGCUGGAGCGCUUCCCAAAGGAGGCAACCGCCCACCUGCCUGCCAGCCUGGGAGUGGGUCUGGAGGGCCUGGGAGAGCACAUGACCGGCAGCUUGGAUUCCCAGCAAGUGCAGGAGCAAUUCACCAAGGUGGGCUCGCGGCUGCGGGGUCUGGGCACGAGCGUGUUCAUGGGGACACGCGAGCUGCUGGAGCAGGUCACCGACGCCAUCUCCAGCGAGCUCGACUCCAUCGAGGGCAUGGCCGCGCACAACCGCCCCGGUGCCGCCAACCGCUCCGCCGCCCGGUUUGCGGCUGGCGGCGGCGGCGGCGCGCGGUACAGCCGGCUGGACGCGGAGGUGUCGGCGAUGCAGCGCAACUCGUCCACGUACUGCGACGAGCCCGAGGACGCGGCCGACUAUACGGCGUGGCUGGCGGCCUUCGAUCUGGCCGCGCGCAAGCCCGACAUCGACGCCAUCAUCGCCGACAACGCAUUCAUGGCCGAGCUGCAGGCCCGCAUCGUGCCUCUCAUCGUGCAGUACGACGAGUUCUGGACGCGCUACUUCUACCAGCUGCACAAGCUGCAGCAGAAGCACGAGCAGCGGGUGGCAGUGGCGCAGCGUGCGCGCGCUGCCGCAGAGGAUGAGGUGGCCUGGGACGACGACCCGCGCGUUCCCUCCCCUGCCGCCUCCCCCAGACCUGCCAUCACCGCCGUGCCCUCGCCAGCAAAGGAUGGUGUGCGCGUGGGCACGCAGAGCAGCCCGCCACCUCCCGUCAGCGUCAAGCCUGUGUCUCCCAGAGUUGAGGACAAGGGGUCUACAUCUUCCUCUCCGGUGGCUGUCAAGCGAGGCGACGAGCACUCGGAUGUGGAAACGUCGACCGCGUCAGACGAGUCCAACGGCGCGCACCCCUGGACGGUCGUGACAUCUCCCUCGGCCAGAGCCGCCGCCGCCGCUGCCACAAAGGCGGCAUCGGUCCCCGACGAAGGCGAGGUUUCGUCGCCCAUUGUGUCCGAUCUGAAGCCUGCGGUGGCCACCCCAGUGAAACCUGCCACCCCUCCCAGACCAGAGACAUCUGAGGAAGACACCGCAGAGGGCUCCGGCGAGUCUCCCUCGAGCAAGGAGGACGCCCCUGCAGCCAGCCCAGCAGCAGGCAAGCCUGCGGCAGACAAGACCACAGCUGCACCGGUGGUGCCGGCUAUCAAGCUGGCAACGGCAGCUGCAGGGGCGGCAGGAGCAGUGGCUGUUGAGAAGCCUGGCAUUGUUGAGGAUGAGGAUGAAGAUCUGGAGAUCAGCGAUGAGGAUGCUGCGGCUGCUGAGGGUGGUGAGUCCGAUGUGGACGAGGACUGGGGUGGUGACUGGGAAUAG